GUAAUUCUUGGAAGAGAGAUGGGAGGAUUAAAACUAUUUUAUUUAAACGUCAAUAGUUAUGUUUGUUUACAGUUAAAAUGAUUAAUUCAGAAUAAUUGUAAUCAUUAUAUAUAAACAUAAACAUUCUGCUUUGAUUAUUUAUAUUCAGAUUAGCUACUAGAAUGUACUCUGAAUGGGUCUCUCUUCCGGCUACUGCGCAAGCAGAAGAGAAAAGAUGGAGUGUGUUACAUAAGCUUCCAGGAACUACUGGCAGAGAUGUUGUCAUUGCUGUAGUUAAACCAUUAGCUUUAAAUCUUGGAAUCAGCACACCAAACUGUGAACCAAGUAAUUUAAAUUCUGAUAAAGAAGUUCAGUGGUGUAUGGAAGUUAUAUGUUAUGGCUUAAGUUUACCUCUCUCAGAACAUGAAGCAAUAAGAGACUGUGUACAUGUAUAUUGUGAAUGGAUAAUGGCUUUAACUAAACCAAAGGCAUGUGUUCCAAAACCUGUAUGUGAGGAUCCAAAUAAUUACGCUAGAAGAAUGAUCCAACAUCUAUACAAUCUGUUUUUGCCUCGUACUGAUAGUGGUGGCGAUGUGAUAAGCCGACAAGCAAUGCUAUGCCACAGAGUAUUGAGAACAAUUAAAACAGUAGCCCAGGAUUCCAAUAUAAUGGAAAGAGAGACUUGGGAUGCUUUGUUAUUGUUUUUGUUAGCUGUAAAUGACACUUUACUUGCUCCACCAUCUUUACCAGAUGAUAUCGGUAGUCAGUUAUGUGAAAGAAUAUUGGGUGUCUUAUUUGAAGUUUGGUUAUUAGCUUGUCGUCGAUGUUUUCCAACUCCUCCAUUAUGGAAAACAUUUCGAGAAUUAUGUUGUAGUUGGCACCAUCGUAUUCCUUUAAUAGAUCAGUGGAAUAGAGUAAAUUUGGUACUUACUGUACAUGUUUUGAACUUUAUGUAUGGUAUAAAUUUUUCAGAAGUCAAAAUACCCAAAGAGGAUAAAAUUUUGAUCCCUUCAGAUAUGACAAAUGAAUGUGUUGCUCAAGCAUGGUUUAGAUUUUUGCAUACUUUAGGAAAUCCUGUAGACCUGUGUCGACCCGAAGUAAUUAGUAAAAUGCCUAAAUUUCACUGUUACAAUAAUAAAAUUUUGAUGGAUAAUUCUUAUCAUCCAUGUCUUAAUAAUUUACCUCAUAUAUUUUUAAAAGCAAUGAAAGGCAUUGCAACAUUGGUUGAUGCAUUUUUAGGAAUGGCUCAAGUACAUUAUAAUGAAGCUGAUGACAGCUGUCAAAAUCAAAAAGUUCAAACCAGUACAACACAAACUAAUACAUCUGCAACUCCCCCUCAUAACAGAAGAAGUCUUACAAAAAGUUUAGUUGCUGCAUCUGCUAAAGCUGGUGUGCAGCGAAGCGGAUUAAUUGCUGGUUUGACAGGUUCUAAAGGAAGUUCUGCUAAUAUAUCAACUUCUCAUCAAGAUGCACAACCUCCAUCAGUCAGUCAAUCACCUAUUGCUACUCCCACUGCCCCACUUCCUCCACCACUUCGUCCUUUACCGUCACCUUCAAGACCGAAAUGCAACUCUAUUCUUCAUCUUUUUGGUGCUUGGCUCUUUGAAGCAUCUCUUAUUGGUACUGAAUUAGCAUCAUGUUGUUCUGAUUCUGAUCAAGUCGAUGGAAUACGUCGACGGCAUAAUUCUCUUGUGAUAAAUUCUCGACCAGAAGGAGCAUCACCAGAUGUGCCGUUCACUUUAAGUAUAGAAAAUUUUGAGGCGGGACAAGCUGAAGCUAUUGGUGCAUUAUGUCGUUUGUUUUGUGCUAAACGUACUGGAGAAGAAAUUUUGCCUGUUUAUUUGGCUAGAUUUUAUUUAGCUGUACAAUAUGGUCUUAUGGAUGGUGAAGCUCGUGGAUUGAUUCUUUCCAGUAUUUUAUUAAAUUCUUGUGAUCUGUUGCGUCAAGAUUUGGAUGGUGUCAUGGUUUUGGUUCCACAUCUUCUUCAUGCAUUAGAAUUAGUUCUUCCUGAAAGAGAAUUGAAAAUUAAGUGA